CAAUGACCUAUGAUGUAUCGGAUCAUGAAGCCCUUGAUGUGUUCCUCAACUCAGGCUCAGAAGCAGAUGAGGGAGCUCUGGCGUCUCCACUUCCAGAGGGUGAGGAAGACGAUGAAGACGAUGAAGAUGCCGAGGUUGUCUACAGGGAGUGUGCAUCUCUGAAACGACAAAAUGAGCCGUUCCGUAGCUCGCAGUCUCGCAUUUCGUCUACAUCGUCUGCUUCCAGUGAUAGCAGCGCGAGUGGCGUGGACACACCUGUGAUCCAGUCGGAUGAUGAAGAAGUCCAUGCAGACACUCUGCUGCUGACCUCUGCGCCCCAAACUAGGGAUGAAGAAUCAGACGACGAAGAAGCUGAGGAAAGAUACCAUCCGACUAAUCAUGAUAAAGCCUAAAUUUGAAUCACUUAGGAGCAAAAAUCGCUCUCUGUGUCUCUUUCUCUUUUUAUGUAAUUGAAUUUCCUCCACAUGGAUGCAAACCCCAGCAUGGCUGGCCCAGUGGCAAAGUUCAAUGUUUUUUGAAAGUGUACUUAUCCAGAACUUUCAGUUGGAAUUUAGAGUACACCCAAAUAACUGUGGCAUACUUAAUUAAUUAAUUACUAACUGAAAUUUUUAGGGGCUGUGUCACUAAUAGCGCUUGUAUGCAAAUUUCCAUAUGGGACAUUCCAUGCUCAUGCAGUAACUUGUUUUGGUUGAAAGGAAAUGGCUUAAAGUUGAAGCUAUACACCUCUUACUGCCAGAGGGAAUUUUCCCUCCUCCCCAUUCUUGAAAUUACAGGUUCCAAGCAGCCGUGUGAGGAACAAAACUGAACUGAAAUUGCAUUUGCUGAGCAAACAAAUCUUUGUAUAUGGCUUGCAUACAUGAAAAAGGAAAUUCAAGAGACCUGUAGUAAUAAUAUAAAGCUUCCUUACGUUUCACACUGAAACGUAAAAAUUCUGGGCACCUUGGAUCAUAUUUUCCCUCUUAAUUGGCAAUUAUAGUGCAACAGAUACUAUUCCCAUCAUGCAAGUUAUCAGAUUUCUCUAUGAAGGUGUGACUCAUUUCAAAGGGCCGUGACUAUGAAACCAAGAUCUCAUGACCUAAAAUGUGCUGGAAAGACUUUUAAUGCAAAUGCAAAAGCUGCAUAAUACAGCUCAAUUCUUAACUUUAGACUUCCAGAAGGGUGCAUUUAUGUUUAACUUUAUGUCUGCUAUGUAUAUGUGUACACAUUUAAGCAAGGCUAAAACAACACGUCACUGUCUUCAUUCUUCCUCUCAAGAAAGAGAAAGUAAUUCUGAGAGUCUAGAAAGGACAAAGUCUUUAUCCAGCACAGAAAGAUAAAAGUUAAAGUGAAAACAAGUAAGUGAAAACAUUUUUCUAAGUGAAGCUCCACUUUUAACCUUGAGACCUCAGUGGUCGAUAUAAAAGAAGAAAAGUUAGAAUGAGCUGUUUAGUCCAUUAUCUGUGACUUCUUUGUCCUAAGUGUGAGAAUGCCUUUGUGCAAGUGUUCAAUCUGCCAGCAUCUGGCUCGAAGGGUGAUGUGCCUAUACAGAGUUCAAAGUGGAAAAUACACAAUAAAAGUCAGGGAACUCUCCUCGUUGUGAUGGAAAGAUAAAAAGAAGAAUAUUAGAAAUGAGUCACCAAAACGAGUCACAGUGAAUACCCUCCUCCUUCUGCCAAAACCUAUAUUUCUUUAAGAUUUUAUAAAUUAUUGCUUUAUGCAUGUGGAAACUACAGAAUCAUGAAUGGAAAUAUUGUAUUUACAAAUGCAUGGUGUUUUGUUCUUGUGACAACUUCAUAUGUUUUCAGUACUACUAGUGUUGCAUUACUGAACUAUGCAGGUGGCACCUGUUCUCCAUUUGACGUGUUUUUUGGACAUUGCAUAUUUAUAGCUAGAAGGAGUGGCAGUGACUCAGGUGAACGCAGUUUGUGUGUGAAUGCUCAGUGUUUAAUGUGUGUCUACGCAGAUGCCAAAAGUUUCGUGCAUUCCCCAGCUUGGCCCUGUGACUACUUCCAAAUCAACCUUUAUACAGUGUUCCUAUGAUGUGUGCAUCUUAUUGCAAAAUAAAAAUAAAAAUAAUAGUUGGAA